AAUUCGGCAGCAGUUCAGAUAUCUCGGUGUAGCGCUCCUCAGUUGCAUCGUAUUACUGAACGAUGCAGCUCGCGAGGUUCUUAGUCAUCGGUGCGACCGCGCGCGCGUUCGCGCCGGCGCCGCGCGCGCCGACGCCAGUGAGGUUACAUGGUGCCUAUGAGGACGCCGUCCGCAGCAGCGCGUAUAAUGAAGCCUUCGCCCAGAAGCAUGGACGCAGACGUCGUCGACGGCCGCACGACACAAAAUCACACGCAACACACAGGUCGCCGAGGCCAAGUCCUUCUCCGUCGGGUCCCCCGAGGCCCGGGCCGCCUGGGCCGCCGUCGAGGAGAUCGAGGGCGCGGACAACUCCGCGGCCACGAAACCAAGUUUAGCGGACGAGUGCGACGCGCUCAACCCGUCGAAGGAGUGCCGCGAGUACGCGAACAGUAUGGCGGAGUUGGAGGCGAUCCUCGCCUCCUCAAAAGCGAAGAGCGACUCCAUCAAGGUGCAAGUGUCAAAGUUCGCCCAGACGCCGCUGCCGUCGUCGUCUUCCUCAUCCCCUGCGGAAACGCCCGGCGCGGCGGCCGCCGUCGCCGCCGCGGAGAAGGCGUCCUCGGAAUUCGGGCCGACGUCCUCGGAAGCCAAGGCCGCCUGGGCCGUCGUCGAGGAGAUCAACGAUUCAUUAGAUGCGCCGGCGGCGGCGCUCCCGGGCCUCGACCAGGAUUGUGUGGUCGCCGCUUUGGAGAAGUGCCGCGAGUUCGACGCGGCGAUGGCGUCGCUCGAAAAGUCGCUCGCGGCGAUGAAGUGAGUCUUGCACGUCGCCGUCGUGUGUAAGAGUGGCCUUAGGA